AUGAGCGACCCGGAGCGCGACCAGUCGCUCGAGGAUUAUAAAAAGAGCUUGCUCGAGCUACGAGAAUGGGAGACUAAGCUUAGGACUCUCCGUUUGGGCAUCAAGGAUCUCCAGCGGGAGUUUGAUAUCUCCGAGGAGAACAUCAAGGCGCUACAAAGUGUGGGUCAGAUCAUCGGCGAGGUGUUGAAGCAGCUCGACGAAGAGCGAUUCAUCGUCAAGGCGUCGUCCGGUCCUCGAUAUGUCGUCGGUUGUCGGUCAAAGGUGGAUAAAGCCAAGAUGAAGCAAGGCACACGUGUGGCUUUGGAUAUGACAACACUCACCAUCAUGCGGAUGUUACCUCGUGAGGUUGAUCCCUUGGUGUACAACAUGUCUCUGGAGGAUCCCGGGUCAGUCAACUUUGCCGGUAUUGGUGGUCUCAACGACCAAAUCAGAGAGCUCCGAGAGGUCAUUGAACUGCCGUUGAAGAACCCAGAGCUCUUCCACAGAGUCGGUAUCAAGCCUCCAAAGGGUGUCUUGCUCUACGGUCCUCCGGGUACUGGUAAGACGCUGCUUGCACGAGCAGUGGCCAGCUCGAUCGAAACCAACUUCUUGAAGGUGGUCUCAUCGGCUAUUGUUGAUAAGUAUAUCGGUGAAUCCGCUCGACUGAUCCGAGAAAUGUUCGGAUACGCCAAGGAACACGAACCCUGCAUCAUCUUCAUGGACGAGAUUGAUGCCAUUGGUGGACGAAGAUUCUCGGAGGGUACCUCAGCAGAUCGAGAAAUUCAGCGAACGCUGAUGGAGUUGCUGAACCAGCUGGAUGGUUUCGACUACCUAGGGAAGACCAAGAUCAUCAUGGCAACCAACCGACCCGACACACUGGACCCCGCUCUGCUGCGUGCCGGUCGUCUGGACCGAAAGAUUGAGAUUCCUCUUCCCAAUGAGGUUGGCCGUUUGGAAAUCUUGAAGAUCCACACGAGCGCAGUUCAACAGGAGGGUGAUAUCGACUUUGAGAGCGUGGUCAAGAUGAGUGACGGUCUUAACGGUGCUGAUCUUCGAAACGUUGUUACCGAAGCUGGUCUAUUUGCGAUCAAAGAUUACCGCGACGCCAUCAACCAGGACGAUUUCAACAAGGCUGUACGGAAGGUCGCAGAGGCGAAGAAGCUGGAGGGCAAGCUUGAGUACCAGAAGCUGUAA